CGCGACGGUUCGCUCACAUGACGACGAUGAACGUCCACUUGAAGCUCGAGGAAGCCAAGUACACGGGUCUCCUGCAUCUGGCACAGAAGAGACUGCGCAGCGUCCCCGCCGACCUCUUCCGCCUCAACUUCUCCGCGCUCUUCCGCCUCGACCUCGGCUUCAACCAGAUCCAGACGCUGCCGGAUGCGAUCGGCCAACUCACGUCCCUCGACUCGCUCUGGCUCAAUGACAACCCCAUCACGUCACUCCCCACUUCGAUCUACAAAUGCGCAAACCUCCAAGUGCUCGACCUCAACCACACCGCGCUCACAGACCUCCCCUGCGAAAUGGGCCGACUGACGCACCUCGCCAUCCUCGACAUGGACGAAGUCCCCCUGCAUCCCAAGCUCUUAGCCGCCACCACCGCCGACCCUGCCAACGUCUGCGCCAAAACUCUGGCGUAUCUGCAUCGAAAGGACGUCCGACGGCGCCAAAAGCAGGAGCUGUACGACAAACUCAAAGACGGCCCGUACUUGGAAAGCGCCGACUCGAACGAAGGCCAAGCUAUGAUCCAGUCGGUGAUGAAGCGAGUGCUCAAGGAGUUCCAGACGGAGGAAGACGUGAAGAGCCUCAUCCGCAAUGUUGAGCGCCUGUUCCCGCCCAGUUUAACGAAAGCCCAGGACCCGACGACGGCCACGUCAGUCCGCGCCGCGUUCACGGAACUCAAGCGAGACAACGAGAAGAAGAAGCUGGCGGCGGAACUGGAGCUCAAGAUCCGCAAUAUCUACUUCGACAGGAUCGACCCUUCGUCGGUGGAGCCCAUGGUGUCGGUAUGGUGGCACAUGCGGGGGAAUGUGCUCAUCGAUGAUCCGUAGUCCAUCUACUUGGAGAUCAAGGCACUCAACGACAUCAAGUUUCUCAUUCGCCAUGCCACGGCGCUGUUCCCACCAACGGCAGACCUAGUCAAUGGCUCCGACCUGCGCAAGAAACUCGUGGGAUUGCAAGAAGACAUGGCCAGGGAACGGGCCGCUGCGAUCGAGAAGGUCCUUCAGGCCGUCACGACCAUCUAUUCCGAUGCCGAGCCCGACAAGGUCAAGGCCCUCGUGGCACAAGUCGCACCGCUCUUCAAGAACGUGAAGGACCUAAAAGCCCUGGCCGCAGAUGCCGGCCUGCACUUCCCCAACGAAUUCCUCAAUGCAUCGGCGCCUGACAUUCGCGCAAGCUUCGUUCGAAAGGCGGCAGAAUCAGCUGUAAUUUCGAAAUGAAGAGUCCUUGGAAUGAUUAUAAUAUUGCAUACUGG